AUGGACAACUUUCCACCGGAAGUGCAGCAUAUUUUGGCACCCGCCUCCGGCAUUCUUUUGGCAACGCAACUUACUCAGAUGGCUGAUCGUCCUAUGGAGAUGCACGGGUCUUCCAAGCCGUCACUUUCAGCACUCUCAACUCCCUCAACUCAUCCUACGUCUCCCCUUUCACAGUUAGAGAUCGAGCUCAGCAGGCUGGCCGAUGAUAUAGUUUCACUCCAGAAGCAGACAGUCUCCCCUCAUUUCGGAGCCAACCGCAGGCGUCCACCCCGCAUCUCCAGUCUUCACAUUCAGCUCAUCCAAACGCAGCUGCCAUCUGAUGGUACCACACCACAUUUGGUGUUAAAGCCCGUCGCUGAAUCUCUCCCUGCUCCUUCACCACCAAGCAGAGCAAACAGGUAAAACCGGUUAACCCGAAGGUCAGUGCAGCCAAUCUUCUCGACAGCUCUAACUCUGGUCGCACCUUCUGUGCUUGCGACACUGCGACUCGCAGACGUUUCCUGGUGGACACUGGAGCCCAAAUCAGCGUUCUUCCUCUAACUGCAGCUGAUCGUCGUUUUCCUAGCCCUGGUCUUCACCUCCAAGCUGUCAAAUGUUUCCCCAUUUCCACUUUUGGAAGUCUGUCCCUCACUCUGAACAUUGGCCAUCGUCGGUCAUUCAUCUGGAUCUUUGUGAUUGCCGAUGUCCCUCAUGCAAUCCUCGGCUCGGACUUUCUUACCGAGUUCGAUCUCCUUGUUGACUGCCGACGUGCCCGUCUCCUCGACCGGAACACCGGUCUGUUUGUUCGUGGACUAACUCCCUUUACUGCCCCCGCCAACUUAUCUGUCUUAGAUACGGAUAUUGCUAGUCCUUUUCGGCAACUGCUGCUUAGUCACCCCAACAUAAUUAAUCCACAGUUUCGCAGUGGUGAGGCUCAACAUCAUGUUGUGCACCAUAUCCGCACCUCAGGUCCUCCCGUGUUUGUUCGACCGAGAUGA